AUGGAUUCUACAAUUGAUCAACUUUUAACAUUUUUGAAUAAAAGAGAUACUGAUUCACUUCCCACAUGUGAUACCGAGAGUGACUAUAAUGGUAGUGAUAAUUUAAGAAUCUUAGCCGUAUUUAUGAUUCUAAUAUCUUCUGCAUUAGGUUCUUUUUUCCCCAUAUUAUCUUCAAGAUAUUCUUUUAUUAAACUUCCACAAUGGUGUUUUUUCUUAGCUAAAUUUUUUGGUUCAGGUGUUAUAGUGGCUACCGCAUUUGUUCAUCUUUUAAGUCCUGCCUCUGAUGCACUAGGUAAUGAGUGUUUAGGAGGUACAUUUGCUGAAUAUCCAUGGGCAUUUGGUAUUGCAUUAAUGACAUUAUUUGCUUUAUUCUUCACUGAAAUUGUUAGUCAUUUUUUUAUCACAAAAGCAUAUAGUGAUACAGGGUUACAUGAACAUGAAAAUGAUGACAGUGAGAAUGAAAAUGAUUAUUCAAGUGUUGAAAUGAAUAAUGUAGGUGAAAAGUUAGAGAAAAAGACUUCAAAUGAUACAAUUGAACCAACUGACGUUGUUCAAUCUCCAUCCGUCAUUCCUGGUGCAAACCAUUAUUCACACGCAGUAGACCAUAAUGAUCCAGAACAAUUACAUGGUGAAACAGAUGAUUACCAAAAAGAGAGAUAUGCUACACAAAUUUUGGCUGUAACUAUUCUUGAAUUCGGUAUUGUAUUUCAUUCAGUAUUUGUUGGUCUUUCUCUUGCCGUUGCCGGUGAAGAGUUCAAUACUUUAUUUAUUGUUUUGAUUUUCCAUCAAAUGUUUGAAGGGUUAGGUUUAGGAACAAGGUUAGCUGAAACAAAAUGGCCCGAAAGCAAGACUUAUACACCAUGGAUUAUGGCUCUGGGUUUUACUUUAACGACACCAAUUGCUGUAGCCAUCGGUAUUGGUGUGAGACACUCCUUUGUUCCAGGCUCAAGAAAGGCUUUAAUUUCAAAUGGUGUAUUUGAUGCUAUAUCUGCAGGUAUUUUAAUAUACACAGGGUUAGUUGAACUAAUGGCUCAUGAAUUUUUAUUUUCAAAUCAAUUUAGAGGUGAAAAUGGUUUUAAGAAAAUGAUUGCUGCAUAUAUUUGUAUGUGCCUUGGUGCUGGAUUAAUGGCACUACUAGGUAAAUGGGCUUAA